AUGCGCUCCUCCAACUCUACCGCCUUGAAGGCCGCUCUUAUCGUGCUUUCCUACUCCGUAUCAGUUAGCGCAUUCUGGCGCAUGCCAUGUAAAGGGAGAACUGGAGUUGCGCGAAUCGAUCCAUUGGUGUCCCCAGGCGAGAUCGCCGAGCAUGCUCACGCCGUCCAUGGUGGAAGUGGUUUCAGCUCAACAUCUAAGACGGCAGAUUUACUCGCUAGCAAGUGUACCUCAUGUGAAGUCACUCAAGACAAAUCUGCCUAUUGGCACCCGGCUCUUUACUUUAAAUCCGCAGAUGGAAAAUUUACUUUGGUUGAACAGGUUGGUGGUAUGCUUGCAUACUACUUACUCCAUGCUAACACCGAGGGGGACACCAAAAUCGCAGCUUUCCCUAAAGAUUUCGAGAUGAUCUCUGGAGAUACUAACCUACGCAACUUUUCUUACCCCGUCCCUGAUGUCGACCAAUCUUCCUGGCCCGUUACUCCGCCUUAUAAUGAUCAAGCCUUCUUGAGACAGGCUGCCGUUGGUUUCAACUGUCUACACUACGACGUCCUCCCUCCAGAAGGUACCCUCAAGCGCCACACCUUGCCCGACAAAAAAUUUCUCGAUGAAAAUUGCAAAAGUGGUAUACGUUUCGAGUUGAUGUUUCCAAGUUGCUGGAAUGGGAAGGAUGUCACGAGUAAAGAUAAGAAAAGCCAUAUGGCAUUCCCUGAGACCGUCAUGGACGGAAAAUGUCCUCCAGGAUUUCCUAAACGCUUACCCUCCCUGCUGUACGAAGUGAUCUGGAACACGGCUGCAUUCAUUGGCAAGGAAGGAGAAUUCGUCAUAUCUAAUGGUGACGCAGUUGGUACCGGUUUCCACGGUGAUUUCAUUAUGGGUUGGGACGUAGACUUCCUCCAACAAGCCGUCGAUACAUGCACCAACGACUCCGGCCGAAUCGAAGACUGCAAAAUCUUCACCCUCCAAGCAGAAGACAAACAGAAUCAAUGUAAAUUUGAAGUCCCCGCCGAGAUCGCCAAGGAAGACACCAAAGGCCCAAUGGAUUCCCUACCAGGUAACGUAGCCAUCAAAGGUCCAGGCGACGCCCCCAAAGGAGCCGCAUCAGGUACCCCCAUCGCCGGCGGCGACGCCAAAACCACAUCCGCAGCCGGGGCCGCCCCAUCCGCAAACAACAACGACAAACCCGCCGCCAACUCUCCUUCCAUCGCCGGUGCCGUCUUCGCAGCCAAAGGCUCCGAUUCACCAGCCGCAGCAGCCAACACCCCGCCAGCAGCCAACUCUCCCCCACCAGCCAGCACUCCUCCCAACCCAGCUCCUACUCCCGCUCCAAGUGCGCCUCCUGCCGGUUCCAACGUCCAGUCCAUCUACAGCACCGAGUAUCGCACCCAAGGCAACAUCGUGAACGAGAUUGUCUGGAUUGCGACGGAGAUCACGGUCACGCAGACGCAGACGAGACCCACGGGCCAGAAGCAUAAGCAUAAGAGACAUAUGCACAAGGCUCAUGCUAGGAGUUUCCAGUACUAG